UGUAAACAGCUGAAAGUUCGGGGUUAAUCUGGUACAAUUUGCGCUGAAGUUUAGUUUCAGUGGCCGAGCGGACAGCAGUGAGCCGUGGCCGUGUAGUGCCUAGUCUGAAGUGACUCUUCGGGUUCAGUUCUUGCUGUUUUUUGGUUUGUUUCUCCGAUGUCCGACCACAGUGAGCUGAGCGGCGGGGAGGAGGAGCUCAUGACCCCGGCAGAGCUCAUCAGCAGACUCGAGGAGGCUUGGCUCAAUGAGAAGUUUUCUCCAGAACUGUUGGAGAACAAGUCUGAGCUGGUGGAGUGUGUGAUGGAGCAGCUCACACACAUGGAGGAAAACCUGCAGCGUGUGAGGAAAGGAGACCUGAAGGCCAGUGUUCACCGCAUGGAGAUCGACCGCAUCCGCUUCGUUCUCAGCAGCUUCCUGCGCUCCCGACUCAAGAAGAUCGAGAAGUUUUUCCCUCAUGUUCUGGAGAAGGAGAAGUCCCGUGCUGAUGGAGACCCCUCGUUCCUGUCUCCUGAAGAGUUCGCCUUCGCUAAAGAGUAUCUGGCGAACACAGAGGUUUACCUGCGAGCCGUGGCUUUGAAACAUAUGCCACCAAACCUGCAGAGCGUCGACAUGAUGAAGGCCGUGCCUGAACCAUGUCUGGACUCGUUCGUCUUCCUGAGAGUGAAAGAGAAGCAGGAAAAUAUCCUGGUGGAGCCUGAAACGGACGAACAGAGGGAGUACGUUGUGGAUCUGGACGAGGGUUCGCAGCACCUGAUGCGUUAUCGCACAAUAGCGCCUCUAGUGGCCAGCGGAGCAGUGCAGCUCAUUUAAACCUGAGCAGAAGACGCCAUGAAGGAAUCAGAUCAUCUGUGUACGACUCAAAAAAAAAAAAUCCGAUCAGUGUUCUGCAGAUCCAUAAGUAUGACCUUAUGUUUGAAUAUGAAAGCAUUUACAGUUAAUAAAAUGAUCAAUGCACAUAAUAAAACUCACUUAAAGGGACCGUUCACACAAAAAUGAAAAUUCUGUCUUGCCAGUCACCUGUUCAAAACCUGUUUGAGUUUCUUUCUUCUGUCGAACACAAAGGAAGAUAUACUUAAGAAUGCUGGGAAAAACAGCCACGUUGACUACCAUUGUAUUUUUUGAUCCUACAAUGGGAGUCAACUAAAAAAUCAUAAAUGUGUAAACGGGUCAAUUUUAGGUGAACUGUCCCUUUAAGAGCAUUUUACUGUGUUUGAAUGUAAUAUAAACUAAAGCGUAACUGCAUAUACACUCAGGUGUAGCACAGCAGUUGUGUAGUCUUGCGUUGUGGUGGUGAUAUUGCGAUAUUUCAUCACACACUGCCGGCUCUGCUGUCGCAGGCUGGUCAGAAACAGAAGCUGUGGUUUUUCUCUGUUAAAGGGAAGUCGUUAGUUCGGAUGGAUGAGGUCAUUCAGUGGCCAAUGGGGGUUUGUUGGGGUGCUAGAAAUAAAAACGAAUUAUUUAUGUUUCUU